AUGUCGCUGAUGGGCCGACUGUUGUAUUUUAUGGCUUUGCUUCUGAGUGUUGCCUGCGUAUCUGUGGCGUCUGGAACCCCCACAACAGAAGUUCAACCUAGCGGUCCUGAAGUUAAUACUGAUGACUGCACUUCUGAAUCACCUGAUUCUACUAAUUCUCGCUGCCCUAAAAGAACAACAGAAGCUGAUCUUUCUCUUCCUGUACCCCCCGCUCUUCCUGGUCCUGCUGGUCACCCAGGGCAACCAGGUGUUCGGGGUCAGGUGUCUGUGGUAUCCAGUUCUUCUGGUAGUGGUAUUCAGGAUGCACAAGUGCAAAGAGAACAGCAGGGCCAAGAUGGAUUAAAUGGACACAACCCUGAGGGAAGUGUCAGCAGCGGUUCAAAAACGGAUCUCGACACACCAAAUCAGAGAGGUGAUCAAUCACAAAAAAACAGUGAGGAACAAGAUGCAAAUAUAAAGGAUGCUGCCAAUGCCAAAGAUGCUCUUUCAGGUAGUACUAAAGGAGACGCCGAGAAAAAUGAUUCUCAAACUGAUGCAAGCAGUACUACACAUACUACAGGGAAACCAACUGAAUCUUCACAAUCAGAAGAACCUUCAGCUCCCACACCCCAGAAUACAGGUGAUACUCCUUCUAGCAGCUCAUCUGUGGAUAAUACUGUGGGUUCAAAUGCUGCAAACAAUGUGAGUAACGCUGCCACUUCAUCUGCAGACAGUGAGUCACCAAGUAACCCAACUAAUGAGGAAUCAACCACCACCACAACAACAACAACAACAACACUUCCUCCUGAACUCACAAACAACAAGAAGGGUGAUGCAGACAGCAGCAGCAGUAUCAGCAGUUCUGUGUGGGUACGUGUGCCACUACUGAUUGUGGUUACACUGGCCUGUAUUCUUGUGUGCUGA